GACUCAACAGAGCAGGAAGCAGGAAGUCUACACAGUUAUUUACAGUAGCUGUCAGAGACGUAUGUCUGUAACUGGCUUUUGGGUUUCAGAGGAAAAGAGGAGCUCAGUGGCAGGGUGGCAGAAUGGCCGGCAGGCUCUCGCUCCCGGAGGUGGACCUCUCCUGCCCCAUAUGCUGUGACAUCUUCAGAGACCCAGUGGUGCUCAAGUGCAGCCACAGUUUCUGCGCGGGAUGCCUGCAGCAGUAUUGGGGUCCAGCGGGACACAGUCGUGACUGCCCUCUCUGCAGGACGGAGUCUGUGGAUGAACCUGUGGCCAGUCUUACCUUGAAAAACCUGUGCGACUCUUACGUCCAGGACAGCGGAGGACUGGAGGCCCCGCCUGGAGAGCUGUACUGUGAUCCCGGGGAGAUGUGUCCUCUCCAUGGGGAGAGGCUCAAGCUCUUCUGCCUCCCGGACAAAGAGCCCAUCUGUGUGGUUUGCCACACAUCCAGGAGGCACAAACAGCACGACUGCUGCCCCAUCAGCGAGGCCAUUCUGGAUGUGAAGGAGGAAAUUAAGUCUGCCCUCAGCUCUUUGCAAGAGAAGAAGGAGGCUUUUGACAAAAUGAAGAAAAACUGUGAGGAUACUGCGGCAUACAUUCAGGUCCAAGCACAAUUUGUUGAAAGACGGACCCGUGAGGAGUUUGAGAAGCUUCACCGUUUCCUUGAAGCUGAGGAAGAGGCCAGGAUGGAGGCCCUGAAGGCCGAGGAAGAACAGAAGAGUCAAGUAAUGAGACAGAGGAUUGAAGAAAUGACAGACAAUAUCACUGCUUUGUCUGAGACCAUCAGGGCCUUAGAGGAGGAGUUAGCUUUGGAGGACAUCUCUGUCCUUCAUAAAUGCAAGAAGACAAUGACAAGAGCCAACCUCCCAGUAGAGGAUCCAGUUAUGGCUCCAGGAGUGCUGAUAGAUGUGGCGAAACAUCUGGGCUCUCUCAAGUACACUGUGUGGGAGAGGAUGCAAAAGAUCAUUAAAUACACCCCGGUGACCCUGGACCCCAACACCGCUGCCCCCUGGCUCGUGCUGUCCGACGAUCUCACCAGCAUCAGCGACAGCGAUGACAAACAGAAGCUGCCCGACAACCCGGAGAGGUUCGACCCGGAUACGGGCGUGCUGGGCCACGAGGGCUUCACCUCAGGGAAGCACAUCUGGAGUGUAGACGUGGGAGAAAACACCGCGUGGGUCCUCGGCGUGGCCAAAGAAUCUGUCAAGAGGAAAGAGAAAGUGUCCUCAGUGCUGAAGAACGGCUACUUGUCUGUGUACUUCUACCACAAAAUGUACUUUGCGGGCACCUCUCCUUUGACGAGGCUCAGCUUAAAGAGAAAUCCCCAGAGAAUCAGAGUGCAGUUAGACUGUGACAAGGGAAGGGCGUCUUUCUACGACCCACAAGACAACACACACAUCUACACUUUCAAGCAUACCUUAACUGAGAAGGUCUUCCCUUACUUCUGGGUGGGCUGUAAGCAGAGUCCUUUGAUGAUUUUACCGCAAGAGCUUAUUGUGACAGCCGAUGACUGUUGUUGAGACAUUAACUAACUGAGCUAUGAAUUUUUCCUGUGUGAAUUUUGAAUGUAUGUCUUUGAUUUUUUUUUUUUUUUUAAAUGAAAAUAAUACUCUAAUUUAUGUGCACAAUUAUUCGCCAUUUCUUUCUAAGGCUUAACUACACAUUUUUUUUUGUGGUAUCAGUGAAUAAAAGUUAAUUAAAAAUG